CCCACUGAUACUCACGCAGCCUGAAACUAGUUUGGAGAGUUGAAGGUUUUGCUUUCGCGACAGCUGGACUUUCCAACUAUUGGAAUAAAAGGGCUGGAGGACGUGUUACCGCGGCGGAAAGCCUUGAUCCGUUGAGUCAAGAUGUUGAAUAUGUGGAAAGUUAGAGAACUGGUUGAUAAAGCAACCAAUGUUGUUAUGAACUAUUCAGAAAUUGAAUCUAAGGUUCGAGAGGCCACAAACGAUGACCCAUGGGGACCCUCCGGCCAGCUAAUGGGAGAAAUAGCAAAAGCUACAUUCAUGUAUGAGCAGUUCCCAGAAGUAAUGAACAUGCUGUGGUUCAGAAUGCUAAAGGACAACAAGAAAAACUGGCGGAGAGUUUACAAGUCUUUGCUGCUGCUGGGAUACCUGGUGAGAAACGGAUCUGAGCGGGCGGUCACUAGCACACGAGAGCACUUGUAUGACCUGCGCUCAAUUGAGAGCUAUCACUUUAUAGAUGAGAACGGGAAGGACCAAGGCAUCAACGUGCGGCAGAAGGUGAAAGAGAUGUUGGAGUUUGUGCAAGAUGAUGACAGGCUGCGAGAGGAGAGAAAGAAGGCCAAGAAAAACAGGGACAAAUAUAUUGGUGUGUCGUCUGAUAGCAUGGGGGACUACAGAUACGGUGCUGACCGGUACGAUUCACGCUCCAAGUGGGACAAUGACUGGGAGAGUAAUAAAGGUGCUUUCCCAUUUAGUGAGAAACUGGGAGAGAUCAGUGACAAGAUUGGAAGCACAAUUAAUGACACUAUAAACACAUUUCGUCGUAAAGACAGAGAUGACUCGCCAGACAGAUUCAGUGACCCAGAUGAGGACAAGAAUAGAGAUAUCCGGAACAGGCAGUCAGGCAGGAGUGAAUUUAAAGAUGAUGAGGAGACCGUGACCACCAAAAGUGUUCAGAUUGUUCAGGCCACAGAGACUACUGCGACACGUAAAAAAGGAGGCACCCCAUCAAAAACUAUAGACCUGGGGGCAGCUGCCCGUUAUACUGGAGAUGAUAAAUCUGCCACAAACACAAAUGCCACCAAGCCAACUGUCUCAGGUACAAGUCAGUCCAGUGGUGAUCUGGUGAACUUGUUUAUGGCAGAUUCUACAUCCGUGAAGCCAUCUUCCACAGGUUUAAGUUCCGACCUGUUUGGAGGCUUUGCAGAUUUCUCAUCACCUGCAGCUACAGCUAGUCUUCCUUCAGCAGCUGCUUCAGCACCUAGUGGAAAUGCAGACUUUGGGGAUUGGAACACGUUUAAAGAUGCGCCGCCAGCCAAUCCGCCUGUGAAUUCUCCAACAACAGACAUGUUUACACCCACUUCUGCCUCUGCAGUGCCCUCUGCUGACCUUUUUGACCUAAUGGGUCCUUCUUUCAGCACCACCAUCAGUGCUUCCCAAAGCAUAAACUUCUCCAUGACCAGCACUCAGAACACAGGCCUGCCCUUAUCCAGAUCUCAGACACUGCAGAGUAUGGGGACUCCACUGAUGCCUCAGCAGUCUAUACAAAAACAAGAGGGCAAGAAGGCCUCCAUGCCAGCCACUUGGUCUGAUUCCAGUGUCAACAUCAGUCUGGACUACUUGGGACCCGGCAUGCACCCUCCCAAACAAGCCCAGCCAACACUCAACAUGAUGCAGCAGCAUGGAGGCCCAGUCAACAUGACACAGGGUUUUGCUGGCAUGAACCUUGGCAUACAGCCCAGCCCUGCCCCUGUGCGACCCCCCGUUAACCCCAUGGUGGGAAACCUGGGCAUGCCACCUGCAAUGGGAAGCGGGGUUAUGGGUGUAUCUCCUGUGGGAGGCAUGCCACUCAAUCAGGGCAUGAUGGGAAUGAACAUGACCAUGGGAAUGCCCGGAGCUGUUGGCAUGGGGAUGGGAAUGUCGGUGCCAGUCAUGAGCAUGAGCCCUUCUGUGACACAACAGAAGCAUGAUGCUUUUGCUGACUUUGCCAACUUUGGCAAAUGAAUAGGAGAGAUGGAGGUUGUAUGCUAGGACAAUCUUUCUGGAAGGCAGGAGCAUGAAGGAUUUUUUUUUUUAAAGAGCUGCAAACAAAGAGUACUUGAAAGAUGUCAGCCACCCAGAAUUCUAUUGUUCCUUAUGCAAUACUGAUGUGUAAUAAGGUGAAUCUUUUUAAAAAAAAAAAAACACCCUGGAUCCACAUUGACAGCAAAUUGUCUUUUGUAUAAGAGAGAAAUAUAUGAUUGCACUUCCACUUAACAUUGCUUCAAAUCUUGAAAGAAUCUUAACUUCAGGAUCAUAUAUAUAAUGUAAUGACAUUGACUGGUCCAAAAUAUUCUCACUCCUUUAUGUCCUUCCUGGGGAUUCUUCCAUUUGAUCUGAUCAGAAGUUAUUUCCUGUUCUCCUAUACAUAACCGUGUAAAUAUUAUUGACAAUGGAUAUAAGUUAUUUAAAUCUGAGAUUUAUUAAUUAAAAUAUUAAUAAUAAUGGGGCUUUUCAAAUGAUGUGAUUCAGUGCAGAACUAUAGCAAGAUGGCACGAGUGAGAAUCAUGUUAAGAGCAACCGCUGUGGCCUUUGGAAUGGGAAUAUAUUUUUAUAGAAAUGUGAUCUGUUUUGCAUUUUUCAAACAAAUGUACAUCAGUCACACACAGAAGCUUUGGUCAUUCAAUGUCCUUACGUACACGGUGCCUAUCAAUCUGUUGCCUAUACCUUUUACUCUUGAAAAUUUCUUAAGACAAUAUGAAAUUACAGUAUUUUGUACGGUACUGUAGACAUUUGAGCAUAUAUGUAUGCACAAUUUCUUUUUUAAUCUAUGUUUGUUCCCCCAUUUUCACUGCAUGGCUAGUGUGAAUGAUUAAAAAAGUUUUUUCUUUUCUUUUUGACCUGAACCUGAUGGGAUUCAGCAUUUCAUUAUGCAAGUUGGGUAAUGGUGAGGGAGUUGGAUGAGGAUGUAUACUGAGAUGAGUGAGGAUCACUGUGCUGUUCCACUCACUGAGUGGUAUGUUGUGUCUCUGUAUUGUCCGGAGCAGGGACUCAAACUGAAGCCUUCUCUGCCAUUCAAAAGCAGCACAUGCAAAUGACCAAAUUCUGCCUUCUCUAUUCUCUCCUUUCCAAGGGAUUUGUGUCUGUCUUUCUUUCUAUUAUUUUUUUAUUAUCAUUUUUUAAUAUAGACUGUAGGGUAUCUGUGUAAGAUAAUAUACAAUUGGGGUGUUGUGGGGCUAUGGAUCUUUACUGGAAAACACUAUACUUUUUAUGCAAAUCUCAACCAUCCAACAGAUCUUUCCUUCUAUUAAGUGUAUGUCCUUAGUCAUACACUGCUUUGAUUGUACCUAUAAUGGUCUUUUAUGUCUGAGAUUAAAAAUUUGAUUUUCAUGUGAA